GUUCCUUGCAUUGUUCUAAUUGCCUUUUUCAGAACACCUUUUUCUUCGUGAAUCGACUUCCUUCGACUCUCUCAUUACUUCAUUCAACUUUCAUUCUGCCGCUAGCACCCUCGGUUACUCUCCCCUUUUUUAUCCUCUUACCUAUUGUCAUCACAGGAAACACUCCAUUACGAUGAAGUGGUGGUCAAAUCACCGCUGGCAGGGCAUCAGUCUUAUCACACUUUUGGUCGCUACUAUUACUCUCUUCUGUUCCUCGCCCGUGAGUGCGUUUGGCAGCAACCACAAGAAGGUUCUUCUCAAAGAUGUCCAAACCUUGACGCUACACAAAGACAAGAUGACGGCCGGACGGAGGGCGAGUCCUGUUCCUCAAUUGACCUGUGUUGGGGGCAAUGCUUGUGGAGACUACGAACCAGAUAUCGUGCAAUGCACAAACGCCGGAUUUGAUGGUAGUGAUGUUCAAUGGAAGUGUCAAGCGGAUCUGCCGGAUAACCUUCGAUUUGGAGAGCUGAGUGUCUACUGCGAAGGUUUCGGCUAUCCGGAUGACCCAUACGUGCUGAAGGGCAGUUGUGGACUGGAAUAUAAGCUCUACUACACCAAUAUCCAUUCUAACCAGGAGCGAUCAUGGGGACCACAGACAGACUUUAGGCAAUGGGCUGCUAAAGAGACAAUCAUGGAUCGAGACAAUUUAUCUCUGGACAUGGGUCUCCAUUGUGGGAUUUAUUCUCUAUUCCUUUAUCAGGAACUGCUUCCAGCAGACGAACAAUGGUGGACGAGGCGAUGCCCCACCACCCUAUAGGGCCUCUGGAAGCGAUGGUUUCGGAGGAGGUGGCGGUGGUCCCGGAGGUGGAGGUGGAGGUGGGGGUGGUCCUGGGGGCGGAU